AUGAUUGACUUAUUCGUAAAUCCGAUCGACGACGUCAAAGUCCCCCAGUUUUCGGAGAAUGCGAGGGCUUUAGCGGCCAAAAAUCGAAACACAGAAAACCCGAAUUUGACAACAAACCCUGAUUUGACGAAAACGGCCACCGUAGUGGACGCGAUCGAAGACGUCCGAACACCAAAGUUUACUGAAACUUCGGGUGCUUUGACAGCCGGUGGUCAAAAUCACUCCCAGUUUUCCCAGCAAAUGUGAAAAACCGGGGAAAAACAUGGAAAAAGCCGAAAAAUCUGUAUAUUAUUGAACAAAUAUUAUUAAAGAGAAUAUAUAAUGUCUAUUUAAUUAUUUUACCAUGCUAUUGUAGUAGAAUAUAAUUUAUACAAUAAUUAAUACAAUUAAUACAAUAUGACAUAUAUAUUGUUGACAAAGCAUCACUAGGACAUUAUCGUAUUAUCCUGAGACGUUUUUUUUUUUUUAUUUUAUAAAUUUAAAUCGUUUUAAAUUGUUUUUUUAAACAUUUUUAAAACUUAUUUUUUUAAUUACCCUCAGUUUUUUUUAAAUGUAAUGAAAAUUUGUUUAACGUUUUGUAUUGUGUAUUCACCCAGAGAGCGCGUAAAAACCUGAAUAUAAAAACUUGGACGCUACAAAUCUGGAAUAUACAAUUGUAUGACGAAGAAAUACUUGAACAUUUAACACAAGGUUCUUUAUAAAUUUUUUAAAUAUUAAAUUCAAAAUUUAUACCGUCCAGAUCUGCAUCGUCCAGAUUUGUAUGGUUUUCAAACAUUUUUAUUCCACAUUUGUACCUUCCAGAUUUAUAUGGUCCAGUUUUGUACCGUCCAGAUUUGUACUGUCCGGAUAUACGGAUUGUCUCGUAUUCCGUUCAAGUUUUUAUAUUCCAGGUUAUGGGCCCACUAGUUGUAUUUUUAUCAAAAUUUAUAUACAGGGUGUCCCAUGAAUAUAGACCAUUUGUCAAUAUCGUUUUACUUGGUUUUUAGUUCAUACACUUACAAAAAGCAUUAUUAUAUUCAGGCACAGAUCCAGAGCAAAGAUCUGAGAAGGGGCAACAAUUUUUUACCACACAAAUACAAUUGAAAUAUAAUAUAUUGUAUAUAUAUAUAUUAUUUUCUGAUGCAAUUCUCAUACAAAAACCGGAGAAAUUAUAUGUCUGGGGGGAGAGGGCUCGGCCCCCUAUAGGUUCCCACCUGGAUUCAUCCCUGAUUAUAUCCAGCGAUAAUAUUUAAGAUAACACAGUUAAUCACUCAUAAUCGUAAAAAUGUUAUUAGUAUUAUAAAUGUAUGUGUGUUAUAAUUAUAUUUUUGUACAAUUGUGGUUUAAUUCGCCUGUUACAUUGUCAAAAUUCACCUGUAUCAAUUUUACAUCGCAGUAUUUUACCUCGCAUGGUAUAAAAAACAAAGGGGUAUAAUUCGCCUGUUACUGAUUUGAUUUACCGAAUUUGUAGAUACAGCGUGUAUAAUGUUAUGAUCAAAGACAAAACACGUAUGAUGAAAAUACGAUAAUGAAUGAUAUCGAUUGCAAUAGAAACGUGUAAACAACAAAGCUUGUUUAACAUGGUUUAUCCGCGUUUUAUUAUUACUCGACGACACGAACAAAGCUGCAGAGCGCGAUAACAUUUAUUUAUUCGCUUGUAAUAAAAUAAAUUAAUCGUUUGUGACACGUAUAAUAUCAUGUUAAAUAAAGAUUUUUAUGUUUGAGUCGUUGCCACGCUAAAUGGUAAGCGAUCGCCAUAAUAUUCUAUAGUAUCACGAAGGAAGGAAUGCUUCGGAUUUAAUUUGUUGGGUUCACAAUACACCACCAUCUUCAUUACGUUCUUGGUGAGGCUCCAAUUUAUUUUAAUUAAGUAUAUACUUUUUGCAUGAAAAUAUUACAAAUAUUAAUUAUUACUGUUAAUUAUUAUGUUUAUUUGUUAGGUGAUGAUAGUUAUUAAAUCACUGUUAUACUAGUUUAUCUUCAAGUAAAUAUUUAUUACCAGUAGCAUAUCCAGGUCGCGUUCGCAUUUUCACUCACCCUGUUCGAGUAAUCGUUUAAGAAACACCUAUUACUUUUAACUGUUUAAUUUUGACUCAUAACCAUACACACAGAGAGGCCGUGAAAUCCCGAAAAGUAACCUUAUGGACCGUAUUGAUCUUGAAAAAAUACAUACGCAUACCGUGUAAUCCCGGAUUUUAUAAAUCCGGAAAAAAUAAACACGAACCUCACGAUUCGCAUUUUCCCGGAAUUUAAAAAUAUUUACACUGUGUUGUCACGGCCCAUAGAUAUCCGGAAAAUGAUUUACCAUAUAGUCCUGGACCAUUUUCUCCCUGAAAAAAUGUAUACAUUGACCGUAUAUUCCCAAAAUGUAGAAAUCCGGGGGAAAAACGCACAAACCGAAUUAUUGUGGACCGUAUAUUUCCGGAUUUUCAAAAUAUACGUAUCGUACUAUCAUGGACUAUUAGUCCUAAUAACUAUUAACUAUUCACUAUGACUAAUAACUAUUUCUGGUUUUCUACACUAACUUACUGUAUAAAUUUGGACCGUAUGAUUCUGGAAUGAAAACAAUUGACAAUAAUAAGAGCAAUCUAUGGGUAAUUUUAUCUUUCAUAGAGUAAAUAGUUCUUAAUAUAUUUUAAGUUCUGUGAGUGAACAAUCAUUAUACUGGUUUUAAAUGAAGUAAGCAUUACUUUUUUUUUUUUUUUAGUUUACUAUUUUACGCCAUUGUAAAAUUGCUGUAAUAAUUAAAAAUUCUUAAUUCAAAAUACAUAUUAUUUUGACGAGCACCAAUGGUAAGCUACAGUAACGUAGUUUGUCUAUUUGAAAAUCCUUAUAAAGUUUAAAUCAUCCACCGAUAGUCAAUACAUUUGGUGGCGCUUAAAAUGGCUUAGAUGUUAAUUACGAGUAACUACGGGACAUAUAUCGUACACUUAACAAACCCGUAGUUUUAUUGUACAAUCAAAAUUUGAGUAGAUCGUAUAGUUAAGUAUUACUCCAAUAAAAAAUCCUUAAAAUUACAGUUUUAUUCCAUGAUAUUAUAGAGUUAUCAAUUGAAUGAUCACUAUUAGUGACUAGUAGCGGAACUUGAUAGUCAUAGUUUCUUAUCUAUUAAAUAAUUGUUAUCAUUCGAUACGUACUUAACAUAUUGGACUAUCGAUAUUGGAAUAACACGUGUAUAUUCUUCAUCAAUCCAUAACCGUUUAAAACUGUUGUGUUAUGUCCAUCAAGAUGGAUACUUAAGUUAAGUAAGAUAGACAUGAUUCAAUAUUUAUUUUCCAUGAGCCAUUUAAGGCAAUAAUCCAUAGUUUAUUAGAAAUUUGUACUUGGCUUGAUAAGGAUGGUUCAUCAGGAAAAUACUAAUUAUUGCUGUGUGCUAUAAGACAACCAGAAUUUACACUAGCAGCUUAUAUACUGGGAAACUUGUUGAGUAUGAGUUUAUCAAGUAACUUUCUUCAGACACAGAAUACAAAUCGGACUGAAACUAUUGACCGCUAAAACCUAUAUAAGCUAUAAACCGAUGUCGACGCGGUGAAUCUAAUCAAAAAAACUAAAAUCAAACGAUAAAAGUGAAUUUAAAAUUAUAAUAUAUUUAUAAAAAUAUGCAAUAUUUACAGCGUUAACAUUUAUUCCAACAUGUUUAGUUAGUGCUUAAAAUGUUUAAAUAAUAUUAUGGACAAUCCACUUCUAUAAAUUGUAAUAAUUUUGUUAUUUUUUUACUGCUUAGAAUAUACUAGUUACUAGCAAACGCUUUAGUUAUACUUAAUUUAUUAUGAUUUUUUUAGCAGGAAAAUUUGACUAAUGAUAGUGUAGAUAACCAAUCUUUGGCGAAACGCUCAUAUUUAAGCUCUUUGUCAUUAAAAUCUUCAAGUGAUCUAAAUAAAUGUGUUAUGCAUUCAAAUGCGACCGACAAAAAAAUAUUGAAUCUCAGAUUUGUUUAGUAAUAUAUAAUAGGGUAAUAUUAGUAAAAGUAUUAGUAAAAGGCUAAAAAUGAAUGUUUUAAAAUAUUAAUAUUUUUAACGAAAAAUAAAUUAUCCUACAAUUGAAAUUAUGGUUUACUGGUCUAGUUCACUUCGAGUAUGAAAGUGUAUAACCUUAACCCACCCCCCUCCUCCCCAAUCAAAUAUAUUUUUGUAAACGCACCUGCAUGUUUGCCGUUUUGACUUUGGAACCCUGAAAACUUUUAUUAUUUGUUUACAGAUCGCGUCAAUCAUCGAUUAUGGAGACGAGACGAAAACCGACGGCGGCGGUCAGAUCUCUCUCGAAAAUCGUGGACCCACCUCCACUACUACGACUGAUGUCCGGCUGGUUGAUGUUGGCAACGUGCAUCGUCGCGUGCCGUCACGACACGGCGGCGAUCGGUUCGAGACUCGGCCGGUCCAUUAUCACGGUGCCGUCUUUUUGCCACGGUUUUUCGACGUUCGCCGAGGACGGCAGCGACUCAACGUACUGUUACUACACUCCGCCACCGUCGUCUCCCAGACGUAAUUACGAUUUAAAUGAUAAUGUUUAUUAUACGUGAAAUUAGAAUACAUUAGAAACAGUGUUCGAAUUGGGGAGUGGGGGAGUAUCUCUUAAUUCCUAAUAAAAUAUUUUAUCGAACCCCUAAAAAAUAUGAUACCACAUUAUGAUAUAGGCAGGUAAAAUUCGGUAAAAAAUUACAGCGAUCUUCACUAUGCCUAAACAAUUGGUCUAUUCUCUUUCGGGUGCAUUUUUUCUGAGAUUAUGUGUUUAACGAACAGAAGAACUUCCAGGGGUUUGAAAUGUGAGAGGCUGUUUAAGCAUUAUCUAGAUAAAUAAUUAAUUAUAUUUUAUGUUUUCUAUUAGAAAUAUUAAUCCAAUAAAAAAAUGACAAGAGAUUAUUAUUGUGACAGUUUUAAUAUAUUUGUUACAUAGAAGGUCGUUUUUUUUUUAGUGUAGUUUUUCAAAAAAUUGAGCAAAACCAAAAAAACGUAGAAAGAACAGAAAAAUGUAUGAAAAUAUUAAAGACUUGAAAUUUAUUCAGAAAACUUAUAUCAGCUUUUUCUAUACGUGGUAAAAUUUUCAAAACAUUUGUCACAUUUUCAGCUAUUUAUAGACAUUUUAAUUUUGUUAGUUUUUUACGUAAUUUUUAUGCGGUAGGUACUAUGUUGAUAAAAUUGUUAGAUUAACAGAAAUACUUGAAAAAUCAACAGGAGGUUCAUUUUAAAUCGUACUUUGUGGCAAAAAAAAAUUGAGUUUAAUGUAGUAUUUUUUUUUUUUUAUUUUAUUAUAAUUUUAAUAUUACAUUUUGACGAAAAUCGUUUUUGUUAAAAACCAUAUAUUAUGAUGUAUAACUAAUUGAAAAUUAUAAAAUUAUGUUAAUAUUAUACCACUAUAAUAUGAAAUAUUAUAUUAUAAUAUUGUUGACAAAGCACUACUACUAACCGAGCUCCACUCAGAAUCGUUUUUCGUUAGCAAUGAUUAAUCGUUGCGUACAAAUAUACCAUGUACAGUAAAUCCCUUUUCUAUAUCCUACCUUCCUACUUCUCACGUACAACAGUGGCCCACCCAUCUUGCGAAAUGUGUCUAUCUUUUUUUUUUUUACGAUUUGUGUUAUAAUUUAAUUAUACACAUAAAUCGUGUUUACUUAAUCGCUAUAUUUAUUUUUACCAGUUGAUAAGACCUUAGAAAUAGAUAGAGACCAACGUCGCUUAUUCGUAUAUGACUUAAUUCUCAUUUUCUUACUUAUUUCUCGUUUUGACUUGAUGUAUAAAUAUUGGUUAACAUGAUACCUUUAUCGAAAAAAAAAUAAAAAUAUCCGACUAAAAUUGGCUUUCUCAUCAAAACCAUUCUAUUAACAAUGUUAUGUAUUAUAACAUUAGGUAUAAUGUAUAUGUUAUAAAUUUUCAGAUAACUCCAUAGACGACGUGCUAUUGGCCGUAAUCAAACAAUUCGACCGUAACAACGAGGCGUUCCGGCGGAAAAUGGAGCAGGCAAACGAGGAAUCGUGGAGGAAAUUUCAAUGCGGUUUUAUCGGACAGCCAAUAAAUUAG